CCGAAUCGUUCACUUCUUAAACCUUGAGCUAUAUACCUACCUAAACAUUUCCAUAUAUUCAACAAUCAUUCCAUCAACAUCACAAAUUCAAUCUUCCUUUCUGAAUUUUUUAUAUCAAAAAAUAAAUAUACGUUCGGAAAGUAAAUUUUUUUUUUUUGUUGCCUGUUGAUAUAUUGAAAAAUAAACAGUCAAGUUUAGACGUGUUAAAUACAAAGUGCCAAUCAAGUGAAAAUUAAAAUUUUGUGACAAAUAAUUGUAUUUUUUUUUUUUGUCACAAGUGAAGUGAAUAUUAAGUUGACCUCCCAAUACCUUGGAUUACCGGGAGGCAACUACGAUAUUAUUUUCGUAAAAGAGUUUUAAAUUUUUUGAGUUUAUAUUAAAAUAUAUAUUUAAAAAUUAUAUCAAAAUGCUUGUUGACGAGAUGCCAAGAAGUUUUGUCAAGAAAAACAACAGUUACAGUCACUGUCCGCUUAAAAAGCGACCAGUGCAUGUAAUGUUGUAUGAAGAAGAACCAGAAAUUGUAAAAGAUGAAAUCAUUGACGUUGUGACAGAUGAUAUACCAGAACCAGAAAAUCUCAGUACAAAGCCAGAAGAUCUCAGUAAAAAUGCUGAUAGACGUUCAGUAUCACGUUCACCAUCACCACCAAGAAAAGUGCAUAUUCAAGAAAAUUGUGUACCAGUUCGUGUAUCACCACCAGUAUCACCACAAUCACCAAUAAAUCAUUAUCCAUUAAAACCACAAACACCACCAGUUGGUAUUGCACCAAUUCAUCAAAUUGUUAAAAAAGAACGUGUUGAAGUUAUUCAACAUGAUGGUGGUUCAGUAGCAUCAGCACCAAUGCAUUAUAUAACAAGCCAUAAAUCAUCAAUUGAUUUAAAUAAUAUAAAUACACCAGUUGAGCCAGUACCACAUUAUGCAACACCAGCAUGGACAAGAGCAGCUCCAUUAUAUCCACCACAUUAUUUGCCAUAUUCAGCAGCAUAUCGUUUUCCACAUCAUCAUCCUGGUACUGAAUUAUAUCCAGCAUAUCCAUUACCAGCAUAUCCACAUUCAUCGCCUGAGCAUGCAUCGAUAUCACCACCACCACAACAUGUAGCAUUAACAUGUCCAACAAUACAAAGACCAAUUGCAAGAAGUUAUAAUCAUUGGGCAACAACAUCAUCAUCAUCAAGUCCAGAUCAUUGUGGUUUAUCACCAACAAGUUCACUUGGUUAUGGAUCAUUAAGAUCACCACCACCAGUUACACCAGAAGAUUUAUCAUCACCUGGUAGUGAUAGUGGACGUUCAUCAGCUGGUAGUACAUCUGCUGGUUCAACAAUUCUCAUGAAAAUUGAUCAAAAUACAACACCAAUGACUGGUGGUAAUAAUACAACUACAACAACAACAUCCUCAUCAUCAACAUCAUCAUCAUCACCAAGAUAUCAGUGUCAAGAUUGUGGUAAAUCAUAUUCAACAUAUUCUGGUUUAUCAAAACAUCAACAAUUUCAUUGUGCUGCUGCUGAGGGACAAACUAAAAAAUCAUUUUCAUGUAAAUAUUGUGAAAAAGUAUAUUUCAGUUUGGGUGCAUUAAAAAUGCAUAUUAGAACACAUACAUUACCAUGUAAAUGUCAUCUUUGUGGUAAAGCAUUUUCAAGACCAUGGUUACUUCAAGGACACAUUAGAACUCAUACUGGUGAAAAACCAUUUAGCUGCCAACAUUGUAAUCGUGCAUUUGCUGAUAGAAGUAAUUUACGUGCACAUUUACAAACUCACAGUGAUGUCAAAAAAUAUUCAUGCACAUCUUGCAGUAAAACAUUCAGUAGAAUGUCAUUACUUACCAAACAUCAAGAGGGUGGAUGUCCUGGUAUGAGUGUGCCUAUUGGCUAUGGCUGUUAAUUUAUAAAAAAAAAAAAAGACAACAAUUAACAGAUAUUGUGCCUUAAACAGAUUUUUAUCUUCUUAAAUCAUUGACUGACAUUUCGAGGAGUACAAAUAUAUUAAUAUAUUUCUAGACAUGCUGAAGUGUAUAUAAGACAUCUUGUAAAGAUUCAAAUUACAUUUUUUUUUUUUUCUAAGAAAAAAAAAAAAUAUAUAUUUAUAUUAUUUUUUAAAAUUUUGAUUUGAUUUUUUUUUUUUUUUUUUUUUCACUUGUACUUAGAGAUUUAGCGUGUUUUUUUCCAAGUGUGAAUUUCAUGCCAAUUCUUAGUCGUUAUUUCAAGGCACAAUUUAACAUAAUAUAUCAUUUUUUUUUUUUCCUGGUUUUAUGGAAAUUUAUAUUAUUAUUAUUAUUUUUAUUUUUAUUCACUUUCUUCUGUUGAGACGACGAAAAUUGUGUCACCGCUCGAUGCGGUCCCGUGAAACUUUCGUGCCAUGACUUUGAGUUUUUUUUUUUUUCUUUUUAUAUUAUUUUAUUCUUGUCACUUUCGUAUUUUUAUUUUUUUUUUUGUUCAUCGCUACGAGUUCUCAAAUUAUUAUUUUUUUGUAUUAGCCUACAAACCAAGAGAACUUUAAUGUACAUCGCUUUUUAAUUUAUAUUUUUUAAUUUUCAUAUUUUAUAUGAUGGCAUUUAUUUUUUUUCAUUAAGAUUUUCGUUUUGAUUGAUCAACGAAGCACCAAAGUGCCCGUACAUGUAAAUAAUAAUAAUCAUAUAUUAAAUAUAGAUAAAUAUAUAUAUAUAUAUUAUUAUUUUUUUCUACAAAGAAUCUAAACCAUAAAUAAAUUUUUUUUUUUUUUUAAUUUUACUUUUUCAUAUUGAUAAGCUACUUGAACAAACUAGUCAUUGUAUUAUAUACGCCAAGAUUCUAAAAAGCGUGUGUUAUGUGUGUAUGAUGAGCGCAAAAAUUUUCAUUAUUUUUUUAAUUAUUAUUAACUAAUAAAAUUUAAAAAUUAAAGAAACAAAAAAAAAAAAAAA